GAUGGAUCAUGUUCGGCGUGGACCGCUGCGCCAAUGACUAGCCGCCUCCGAGGCCGCACCAGGGGCUCGAUGGGGCUAAAGGACAUCUACGUCGUUUGGGACAACAAUGCGCUGCUGUGUACACCCGCAUUGAUUGCUCGUGAUGGAUUGAACGCGAGACAUGACACUUUUGACUUGACAGGCGCACCGUGUGGCCUGUGUGCGCGAACAUAAUGGACCUUGGGAACGGCUCACAGCGACACGCAUGUGAUGACGCAAUACGACCCAUGCAGGACAAGGUGAAGGCCAGCAGCCCAGACGAGACGAAGUCUGGACAUAAACGUAGCAAAUCGGGCGGCAUCCUUGGCAGUCUUUCGUUUCUAAGGUCCAGAGAUGUCACCAGAAAGCCUGCGCUGAAGCUGGAGGUGGAGGACGAAGGGCAGACGGAGGACACAGAAGCUGUACAGGAACGCUCCUCCCUUGCGACUGCCUUGCGCCAGAAUGGGCAGGCACGAAAGAGAAAAGGCUCGCUGAGGAAGGCAGCAAUGGCGAAGAUGCGCGAACGGAGUGGCUCGCUGCGCAAGGACCGAGCCCCAGUGAAGCCGCCUACCAUUGUCACGACCAUGAGCACGAUCUCGCUCGAAGACGACCAUACACAUCACCGACGCUUCAGCUACGAGAACGCUCCUCUCAACUCAUCUUCAGACAGCGGAUGGCUUUUGCCCGAAAGCGAACUGUCUCAAUCUACACCUGCACCUGGCCAGGAAGCGCCAGAACACCCACGCCUACUUACCUCGCCUAUCACCAGCCCAUUUGGACCAUACGCAUCGACGACAGACGAAGACGAAGCUCUUUCGUUCUACCGACCUCCAAUGUCUGGAAGCAGUAGUACGCUGUACAGCUUAUCUGCGCAAGAUCCCUCUGUUCAGCGCCGGCGGUCAAAUCGAUCUGAUCGGCGCACCUCCUUGACGAUAGUUCAAACGCCCGCUGACCUCGAAAUCGAAGAUGACUGGGAUUACAGCGAGACAGAAUGGUGGGGCUGGGUCGUCCUCGUUGUGACCUGGAUUGUUUUCGUUGUCGGUAUGGGCUCGUGUCUUGGAGUAUGGAGCUGGGCCUGGGAUGUCGGUGAGACACCGUAUGCACCACCGGAGCUGGAGGACGACGAGUCAUUGCCCAUUGUGGGGUAUUAUCCAGCGCUGAUAGUGUGCACAGCAGUCAUGAGCUGGGUGUGGGUGGUGAUAGCCUGGGUGGGCAUGAAGUACUUUCGACAUUCGAAGAUGGUUGGGGACGACUGACGCAUCUGCCAACCUCCUCUCACAAUGCAAAAGUAACGGGAUCUUCCACUAAGUCUGUCGAAAAAACGUGCGCAAUGUCAUGUUGUAGGCGCAGAUGGCACAUGGCAGACAAUAAGAACAGUCACCUGGGAUCAAACUGUUGACUCGCUUUUAUAGACAUGCGUCGACCGUGUAGGCUUCAGGAAACCGCAAAAAGAGAAUUAGAAGAAUCCCAGGCAUACCGGGCACUGAAGCUUGUCGCUUCUGUGGAUCGAACACAGUACCUCCAGAUUUAGCGACUGAACUUCAGUCUGGCGCUCUCCCAAGUGAGCUAAAGCGACUAAUCAGGAUUGAUGUGUUUUACAGUAAAUAUAUAAUUUAUAUAAU